UGCCCCGUAUAUCAUUAUCGUAAAUCUCGAACCGGUGGGAAAAGAAAAGAAACAACCGUUGACAGUCCCGUUCGACUCGUUCGACUACCCGAGCGGUCCGUUCUCCUUGCGCCUCCGCUUUUGCGGAGUUGGUCGUUUAAUCUAUCGUCUCCGCACGGAUCAGCGGGCCUUGCUGCGCUCGUCAUCCACUGGCCAUGGCGCUCUGGCGCCGCUUCUUUGUCCCCAAGAGGGAUGAGGAGCGCUCCGCCAAUUCGCCCAUGGAGUAUGACGAGAAACAGGUCGGGAUCGAGGUCGAAGUGGCCGAGGAGCCCGUCCCUGAGGCCAGUGGAAUCGCGAAAAUCGAAGCUGUCGAGGCGGUCGGGGGGCGCAAAGGACGCUAUUUCCUAUACGCUGGGUUGGCCAUGAUUAUGAUGAUCUACGAACUGGACAAUUCGACCGUGGGCACGUAUCGCAAUUUCGCAUCGUCCGCGUUCAACCAGCUGGGCACGCUGGCCACCCUGAACACGGCCGCCAGCAUCAUCUCCGCCAUCAGCAAGCCCCCGAUCGCCAAGGUGUCCGAUGUCCUAGGCCGCGGCGAAGCCUACAUCUUCACCGUCACCUGCUACAUCGUGUCCUACACCCUCUGCGCCUCGUCCAAAACGUUCAACAUGUACGCCGGUGGGUAUGUCUUUUACUCGGUAGGCCAGGCCGGCACGUCCAUUCUCAACUCGACCAUCGUCUCGGACUUGUCCUCGAUGCGCUCCCGCGGCUUUUUCUACAACGUCAUGUACAUCCCCUUCCUGAUCACCCCCUGGGUGUCCGCCUUCAUCAUCGACAGCGUCGUCAACGGCAUCGGCUGGCGCUGGGGAAUCGGCAUGUUCGCCAUUCUCAUGCCCAUCUGCGCCUGCUGGAUUAUCAUCACCUUGCUGUUUUACCAGCGCCGCGCCAGACAGUCGGGCCUCAUUCUCACCGAGCGACUCAGCGUGCCCGAAUUCUGCUCGCGCAUCGACCUCGGUGGCAUCCUACUACUAAGCAGCGGCUUCGCCCUAGUCCUCAUCCCCAUCACCCUGGCCGCCGACGCCCCCAGCCUUUGGAGCACCCCGUGGGUAGACGCGCUGAUCGCCAUCGGCGGCGUGGUGCUGAUCUGCCUUUACCCGUACGAGAAGUACUACGCCCGGCACCCAGUGGUCCCCGUGCGCUACUUCCGCACCCUCUCCGUCGUCGUCUCGGUCGCGCUGGCCUGCAUCGACAACGUCGGCUUCGGCUGCAACCACACCUACCUCUACGUCUGGUCGAUGGUCUCGCACAACUUCUCCGCCCGCGACGCCCAGUUCCUCAACUACACCAACUCGGUCAUGCAGGCGGCCGUCGGCAUCGCCACGGGCCUGCUGAUGUACCGCAUGCGCACCUACAAGUGGAUCGGCGUCGUCGGCGCCGUCAUCCGCAUGGUCGGCUACGGCGUCAUGGUGCGCUUCCGGACGAACGGCAGUUCUGUCGCGGAGCUUUUCGUCGUCCAGCUGGUGCAGGGCAUGGGCAGCGGUAUCAUCGAGACGGUCCUCAUCGUGGCCGCGCAGAUCGCCGUGUCGCACGCGGAACUGGCGCAGGUCACCUCGCUCGUCAUGCUGGGGUCGUACCUCGGCAAUGGGAUUGGGUCUGCCAUUGCCGGCGCCAUCUACACCUCACGACUGCGGCCCCGACUCCGUCUGCACAUGGGGCCAGACGCGAAUGAGUACGAAGUGGACAAGCUGUACAAGUCGAUCACGGGGACGCUGCCGGCGUGGGGGACACCUGCGCGCACGGCAGUCAAUCAAGCAUACUCGGACGUCAUGGGCUACAUCACCAUCGCCGCUCUCGCCUUUUCCGCCCCAAUAGUAAUCCUUUCUAUCUUCAUGCCGAACCAAAAGCUAGGAGACGGCCACAACCUCGUCCAAAAACCACCCCCACCAGACCCCUCCUCCUCACCCUCCCCCGAACCCGAGCCCGAAAAACCACCCGAGUCCAGCUCCGAAGCGACCCUGACUCUAAUAAUGGACGAGAAGCGUUUACAGAAGAAAAUCGAGGACUGGCUAGAAGGGCAUACCGGACAUGAGCCGGAUGUUCGAUGAACGUAUUCCUUCUAUUUGUUUUAAUAAUUGGUUGAUGUUUUAUUAUUCUUGUCAAACUUAAGUAUAAUGCCGUGCAGAAUGGUUGGAUGGAUUUGAUACCAUUAAUUGAUACCUUAGUAUAUAAUAUGACUCGAACGGAUCUUAUGUUUUACGGCGCAGGCUCCACAAUGUCCCAGACAAUCAGGAAUAGGGCCUCUUGUCAA